UUGUUGGAAGGAGAGAUGUUUGGGGUGAAGCUGUGGCGUCCCUGCUCAGCUGGGCACGGGGCUGUCACUGCUGCAGGACAGCUGGGGAUAAUUUGGGCUUCUCUUCACUCUCCUGGCUGCAGGGAGGUGCAGAAAGCUGUGAACACUGCCCAGGGGCUCUUCCAGAGGUGGACAGAGCUCCUGCAGGAUCCCUCCAUCGCCACAAGAGAGGAAAUCGACUGGACCACCAAUGAGCUCAGGAACAACCUGCGCAGCAUCGAGUGGGACCUGGAAGACCUGGAUGAAACCAUUAGCAUUGUGGAGGCAAACCCACGGAAAUUCAACCUCGAUGCCACGGAGCUGGGCAUCCGCAAAGCCUUCAUCACCAGCACGCGCCAGGUGGUCAGGGACAUGAAGGAUCAGAUGUCAAACUCUUCCAUGCAAGCCCUGGCUGAAAGGAAAAACAGGCAGGCACUCCUGGGAGAGAGUGGCAGUCAGAGUUGGAGCUCUGGACCUGACAAAUACAGCCGUCUGGACCGGGAGCUGCAGUUAGCCAAUUCACAUUUCAUCGAGGAGCAGCAAGCUCAACAACAGCUGAUUGUGGAGCAGCAGGAUGAGCAGUUGGAGCUGGUCUCUGGCAGCAUCGGCGUGCUGAAGAACAUGUCCCAGCGCAUUGGCGGGGAGCUGGAGGAGCAGGCGGUGAUGCUGGAUGACUUCUCCCACGAGCUGGACAGCACUCAGUCACGCCUCGAUAACGUCAUGAAGAAACUGGCCAAAGUGUCUCACAUGACCAGUGAUCGACGGCAGUGGUGUGCAAUUGUUGUCCUCUUCGUCAUCUUGCUAGUGGUGCUCAUCCUGUUUUUUGUCCUGUGAUGACAAAAACUGAACUUCCUGGGACGCCCCCUGCCCGCCCCCUGGCCCCGGCAGCGCGGGGAAAUGAAACUCUGCCCAUUUCCGUCCGCCCACAGAGAUCCCCGGCAGGAACACCCGCAGCAGCUCUCAGCGUCCUCCUGCAGGGACUGCGGCGUCUCCCUGGCCCCGGGGAGGGGGCGGAGCGCUGGGGCUGCCUGCGGUGCCCCCCGGAGCCGCAGGGGGAGCUGACCCGCCCGCUGCAGGUAGGAGCCGCUGGACACAGAGCAGCGAGCCCUGGGCAGGAUGGGACGGGGAGGAGUGACUGAAUUCACUGAGCAUUACAAACGGCGCUGCCAGUGCCAGCCUCGAGCAUCACUGGGAAGGGUGAACCCCCGAAGCCACAGCAAGGGAGGGGAGCCCUGGCCCUGCUCCCCGUGCCCCUCCCUGCCUGUGGGCGGGCUCUGUAGCACCAAUUCACUGCCCAGAGCUCGGUGAGUCCUGGCAGAGCUCUCCUGCCCCUCCCUGGGCAGAGGGCAGAGCUGUGGGGUCUCAUGUCCUGCCGUGGGCACCCCAGAGCCUCAGAGCUGAGGUGCUGCACACCGAGCGCUGGCAAUCAGCUGUGAGCCACACAGGGAGAGUCUUGAAGCUUUUAAACUUGCCUCCCUCAUUAUACAGGCCUCUAAAGCUCAUUGACUGAUGCUUUCUUUGCCCUUGUAUAACUGAGUCACUGCUUCUGUUUAACAGCUGCUUCCCUUUGGCAAGUGAUUUGCCAAGUCUAAAAUAACUUAUUUUUUUUAAGAAAAAAGAAAAAAACUUUAAAGAUUUUUUUGAUGACCAUUAGAGCCACGUUCUCUGACACACAUGAUCAGAGGAACAGUGCUCAGUGAUGUAUUUUAAGUGUACAUGAACUUGUAAAUAGGAUGUCUUAAUUUUCCCCAACUGCUAUUUUUUGGACACCUCCGUUGUAAGCAACCAAAAGGCAGGAGAUUCAAAGCUA